AUGUGUUUUCAGCAUGGUUUAACUAUGUUUUCAUAUAUUUUACUGGUGGAAGCACUGGUGAUGAUGUUCCUGGUUGGAUGUGUCGGCCUUUUAUGUGCAGUGAUGAUUCAACUUUUCAUUUCUCGGAUGUCAAUGAGCAAUCUGACACGCACGAGUCAUCGCCAGAUUUUGACCCUACUGCUGAUUCAGGUAAUGAAGAAAAAAAGUCAAGAAGUCUUCAUUCAAUACCAAAGACUAACUCUGUUCGCGAAUGUUUCAUCUUUGAGAAUAUGUACCGGUGCAACUGGAGUCACUUUAAUUUUUGUUCAGGAUAAAUUAAAUUUUUAUAAGCUUUACUAUUACUUCCAGAACAUGUUUCAGACUGCUUGCCCAAUUUUUCUUCUCCAUAUUCCACUGUAUACAAUGUAUGGUCUACUCUUUACUGGAGCUACAUCACCACAUUGGUUAGGCAUCACCAUUGGAAUAAUGAUGGCACUAUUCCCGUUGAUAAGUCCUAUAACAAUAUUUGCAUUCAUAAAAGACUAUCGCAGAUUUAUUUUGUCAAAACUGUUCUGGAUAAAUUGUAAGGGGAUGUCAAAGAGAUCGUCAAAGAAUGUUGUUCGUGUGAAAGCUGGUCUUACUGGAUCUAAUAAAACUGAACCUUGA